GCGAACGGAAGGCUCCCCUGCAGCGAUUCAUCAGACCUCAGCUGAUCGGGAAGCUUGGAGGAAAAGGAGGGAGAAGAGGAAGAGGAGUCUGUGAGGAGUAAGAAGAGUUCCUGGCAGGAAACGGUUAAAUGUUGCGUCUUGCGGCUCCGCUCUGUAUUCCCGUCAUGAGCGGCGAGCGUCGGAAGCAUCGAGUGACGUCAGUCGGCAUCGCAGGCGGAGCGGACACUGAGGGGGAAAUAUAGGACAUCGAGGAAGAGGAGGAGGAAGAGGACUGCAGUAAUCCAGAGAGAAGCAGAAAGAAGCAGCUCUUCAUCAGUUUUCUUGAGGCCCCUGCAGGAUGAAGGAGGUACUGCGUCUCUCUCUGUCCAGAGCUUGACCUGACCUCCGACCUCCCCUCCAACACUCUGCAGCGUCAGAAGCAGCUCCUCCUGCAUCGGUCGCAUCAUGGACGGCUUCCGGCUGCCGCCCGUCAUUGAGGAGGUGCUGGACCCAUCUGAUGAGCUGUGUGAGCUGAGGGAGGACAAACCCAGCAGGCUGGCCCUGACGGCCAAGGAGAGGGAGUCCAUGGAGGAGAAGGAGGAGCCUGAGGGAGACGGAGAGAAGGGCCAGCAGGAGGAAGAGAUGGAAGUGAAGGAGAGGGAGUCUGAAGAUGACGAUCAGGGAGAGGAGGAGGAGCUGGAGGAGCUUAGAGCUCAGGUGCUGCAACUUCUCCUGGAGCUGGAUGAGACUCGAGAGGUUUCUCAGCGACAUGAGGAGAGCUUCAUGGAGAUGCAAGGUCUGCUAGAUGAGGAGCGGCUGGCGAGCGCCCAUCAGGCGGAGAGCUUCACCCGGCAGAUCCAGAGGCUGCAAGCUCAGCUUCGGUCGGCGCAGGAGGAGAUGAGCAGCCUGGAGGAGGAGAAGGAGAGCGAGCUGGUGGAGGUCCAGCAGGAGCUGCGCUCUGCUCAGGAGGAGGUGUUGGUGCUGCAGCAGGCGGCCGAGGAGGCAGCGGCAGAGAGGGAGAACGACAUCGCCUCCCUGCAGGAGGAGCUCUGCCGCCUGCGGGUGGAGCUGCAGCGCCUGCACGCCACGGCAGACGAGUACGAGCUGGAGGUCACCUCGCUGAGAGCCGAGCUGAGCAUGAAGAGCCACCGCACGGCCCGGUCAGGUGAUGUGACUCAGCUGCAGGAAGAGUUAAUUUCUCUGACCAAUGAGCGUCAGACUCUGAGCAGCAACAGCACAGAGUUGAUCAACAAGUUGGAACAACUGCAGCAGCAACGAGACAUGUGCGGUGACUCGUACCUGGAAGUCAGAGCUGAGGGCCAAACUGAGGAUGACGAUCAGCUAAAGGCAGAUUCCUACAUCACUCUGUCCCAGUCCAGAUCCGAACUGCAGAGUCUGGACUCGUCAGCAGUCCAGGAUGAAAUCAGGACCCUGAAGGUCCAGCUGAGAAUGGCAGAGGAGUUGGCUCUCAAGGUCCAGCUGGAGUGUGAAGGUCUGAAGAAGGAGCUGGAGGAGCUGCAGCAGCUGCAUGAAGGCAGCCAGCGGGAGCGAGCAGCUCUCCAGCUGCAGCUGCAGAGCUGCAAGGCGGAGCUGCAGGAGCUGCUGGGACGAAAGUUGCAGAAAAGCGACUCUGAAGGCUGGAACAUGGCAGUGGCGGCGGUCGCUGUGGUGGCCAUUUUGGUUCUGGUUGUCCCCAGUUUUACCAGGGCCUGAGGUCUAACAGGAAGUGACCUCACGGCAUGCUGUGGGAACCCGUUGGCUGGCUCUCAUCCAUCCAUGAUGUCUCCAUGAUGCAACACUGCACAGACGUCAGAGUGGAGGAAAGACUGGUUGUUGUUCCUGGAGGUCAGCAGGUCACUCAGCUCUGGGCUUUGCAGAUCCACCUCUAUGAUCCACUUUUAUUCCACAGCUAGCAUUAGAGCAACGUGUUAGACGUGUGAACUGACUGAGAACUCCUGCAGAAAAAUAUCAUGAUGUUAGAACGGUGGGAUGCCUUUGAAAAUGUAAUUAAUUAGAGGCUUUUUAAAUUGGUCCUGAUUUUAUCAAAACUAAAUCUCACACAAGAAGCAAAGUUUCAAAGUUUAUCAGUUAACAUGAAGCUUGUCUGAUGACCGACUCAAACAAUAGAUAUGAGCCACUUUCACCUUGACUGAGUACAAACUGGAAAGUUGAGGUAAAUGUCAGCUGAGUGGAGAACGUUCCCGUCCUCAAACACACAUCAGAACUUCAGCCAAACUGUUCCUUUUUUCCAGAUUGAGGAAUCUGGAUCAUAAAUCUGGAUUUUUAGGUUUGCAUAUAAUUUUAAACAAUGGUUUAAUAAUAAUAACUUGAACUAUAUUGACAUGUAGAUUUUUCACAGAAAACUUGCUAAAGUUGGUUGUUUAAAUGUCAAGUUUCAGGUCAAACUUUUCCUCUUUCUGCAGAUUGAAUUCCUCCAGAAAGCAUCAAACCCAGAUGUUGUAAAAUGUUCUCCUCUCCCUCCAGUUAGUUCAACCCAAAGAAGAGCAACCCGUCCACACGUUGGCAACUUUCUGGAAACUCUCAUGUUUCAAUCUUCUGCAAAUUGCAAAUCAAGCCAACAGUUCUCUGUAGCAUCCACCAGGGGGCGGUGCAACUUCCUCUGCAGAAGAGAAGAAUCUUCUGUUUGGUUCUGUUUGGUUCUGAUGGGAAGUGUUUAGGCGCUGAAUCCAUUGGUGAUGUGAGGGAAGGUCUUUCCACUGAGCAUCAGAGCCGAUAAAUGAAUGAUUCAUUACUGACAUUCCAGACACAUCACUUGUAUUUAGGUCUUUAUUAUCUCUUCCUGAACUAAAGUAACAUUUUGCACAUACUGAGAAGCUCAGACAACUAGAAACUGUAACGAGGAGAACUUUAACGUUUUCUUCAUCCUUUGACUCUGCUUCAGUCUGCUUGAUGCUUCUUGUGUUUUUAUCUAAUGACUGAUGUUAUUGACCAGCAAGAAAAGAUCUGAUGCAGUCAGCUUUAUUUUCUCUAAUAAUUCCUUUGUAAAGUGACAAAACUUACAUUUCUGUUUGUAGUCGUGCAGCAGCCAAUGUAGCAGUGAAACGUGGAGCUUAUUUAACUGAUUACACUGUGGUAAUACCAAAGUGGCUUUAAAUGUUCUGAUAUUUUAGCACAGAUUUGUGUAAGAGACUGUUCACGGGAUUCAGUUCAAUAAAGCUUUAUAUUUUGA